AUGCACGGUUGCGGACGCAGCGACGGCUGGGCGGCACGCAAGGCUGCCGAGAAGGCCGUCUACCCUACCCUGAAGCGUAGGGCCGCUGCUACCCUCGAGAAACUCAAAAAAGCUCAGUUGGCGAAGCGUAGAGAGGCUCGAGUCCGUAAAUUGGCGGAGCAGGCCGCAGAGGAGGAGCGACAACUUUUAGCGCGAGAGCGAGUCCUGCGCGCCGAUCUGAAGAAGGAGCUUGGGGAGGAGCAGCGACGUAGAAUCGAGGCGGAGCAACGGGCGCAAGCAGCGAUCGCACGCGAGCAGGCCUCGGAGCAUCAGAGGCAGCAGCAGAGGGCUGCUGAUGGAGAGGCGGUGGCGAACGUCCUGACCCAGCUGGGAAACUUGCGGUUGGAGAAAAAAAUGCUUCAAGAUCAACAGCGCGAGAUGGUUGAGAUUUUUUGUCCACAAGCGGCAAGCGUGAUGGCGGUGCAGCAACAGCAGCACAACGGGAAUCCGCUGCUUUCCGCGAAAGACCAGCUCAUCCGCAUCCGGAUGGAGGUAGAGCAAGCGAGGAGGGAGCUAGAGGCGGCGUCGGCGUGGGGAAAGGUUGCCGAGACGAGAAAUGCUAAUUUGAAGAAAAAGAACGGGCGGGUCCGCCGUCGAAGCGGGCGGGUCCGCCGUCGAACCGGUGGGGUCCGCCAUCUAUGACCGGUCGGGCUGUGGGGUACUGGCUUUUUGUGUGUGCCAGCAGCCUCAGUGAGCGCAGUGACGGGUGUCCACCUCGCGCAUUGCUGCGUGAACGCGCUUGACCAUAUUUGUCCAGUCUGUUCGUGUGUGUUCGUGUGUCUUUUUAUUUUGAUUCAAAUUCCGAACGUUUUUAUUGGUCCAAGAAGGAAAAGCGCAGUCUAUUUGCCACGAAAAGUGCACCCGGUUUGGGACACAUUUUUGGCCUCAAAAUAGGGGUAACCCCAGGGUCUAACAGUCCUCCCUCUCUGCAUGAUCAGGUCUGCGAAAGCAUGACUCCACCCCGGCUAGGUCGCAAAGCGUGGAGUUAUGGUGUUUAGUCGACCCACGCGCACUUCGAAGACCCCGCUCGCAUUGGGGGCCAUGAUCUUGUAGUAAUGCAGCGUGCCAGUGAGUAGAAAACGUGUCGACAUGAUACAGGGUUCCUUCCACACGGUUCGGUGCAUGGUUCCUUUGUUUGAGUUGGGGAGAUGGCGACGUACUCGACGCGACAGUUUCAUACUCGUGCGGAAAAUACGGGGUUGAAGCGUUUCGGGUCCCGACAGUCUUCUCCUUCUCCCUUUUCGCCUCCCGCCUCCUCGACAACAAGGCAGACCCAUGCCUCAAACGAACCUUGCCAUGGAAAAUAAAAUGUUCGCCCUUUGGCAGUUGCUGCGUGGGGUUUCCGUGAAGAGCGCGUCAAGCGGCGAGGAGAUGGACCUCCUGAGCGCGUGGGAGCCGACCCCGGGCAAGAAGACGAUUGUGGCCUUCUUUACCCACACGGCUGACUUCAACUCGUGGUAAGGUAGAGAUAGUGGAGUAUCCAACGAACUCGAGAGUGAUCCUCCAGUGAACCCUGAUGAAAAUGGUGUAAGCCAACACAGCCCGGGCUCGACGCAGAGGAGCAUUGAGACAGGGUAGCGCCAUCUCACUGGCCCAAUCCCCAAUGUGCCAGCCUGUGUUUGAGAUCGUCUGUUUGAUAAACUGAUGCGCCUUAGAAGGUUAUUGAGGCGUGUCAUUGCAGCAGCUAGCAUACUACGUAACGGGUGCCUACGUUGCCCUCCAACUGGCAGAGUG